UCUUAUGUGUUAGCCGUUGCUUUAUUCGACGUAAUAUUAUUUACUGAACUAUACUAAAGAUUACCAUUAUCGUCAUGCAUUGUGUUAAUAACGGACAGAUAACAUUUUUAGCGGCGAUCGUCUUGUCCUGUAGAGUUCUAGUGACGUUUGUGAUGGCCGGAGGGUGUAGUUCGUCGGCAUGUAGAGCGAUAGACUCAACUAUAGUGCCGAGUAGGGCAAGAAGUAGUUCGGAAACAAACACCGGCUAUACAUACAAGGCCAACGACACCAACUACAAUAACGACACAACCGUGAUCAACACCGGCUACGGGACACCCGACAUUACCACCUUCUGGUCCGACCCGUUUCAGAAACACUAUCUGAAAUGCACGUACGUGGUUUGCAGUAUUAAUCAUUUGAGUCUUGCCCAAGUGCUUUUGGACAGCAAUGCAGAUUUGCCUAAGACCAUUUCGAUCAUUGCAAUGUACGAGGAUGUCUCCCAGAAACAGAUGAGCACUUUGUACACAUUGGGCAUGGCAAAUUCUGCAUCGUUAUGGAUUUUUGAUUUGUACGUAAAAUUGUUGGCUAUAGUAAGCAAUCGUCAUCGUUAUGCCAAAAGUACAUUAUCAAAAAAAAAUAGAUCAAUUUGCGAACAUUUAAAGAACACCUUGAAGGAUAUUAAAUGUCCUAAAAGCGAGAUGUUGGAAGCAGACCCGUCGAUACGCGCACACAACAUAGAGGAAUUACUUGAGACAGCAGAGAGACGUGUCUCCGAAAACAUGAGUUUAAUCGAUAGCAUAAUUACUUCAAACACCAAAAACGGCUUGGCACGCGAUAGUUACACUUCGAUGUUUUUCGGUAAUUUGUGUCUGAACGAUUUUGGUUAUAACCAGAUUAUUGAUAAUAUCAUGAAAGAUUACAAACUGAAUAUCGUCUGGAGAAAUUUUUCAAAUUUUGCUGAAAACUCCUACAGGGAAGUUCGCUUAUUACACGACGAAAAAUUUCCCUUAUAUUACCUGAUAAACUAUCAGAAAAUGUGCCUAAAUUUUCUCAAACUCAUGAUGAUCCGGUUCUCCGAGAUGUAUUAUCGGUAUGUGGUCGUUUUGAGUCGCCUACACAAUAUCAUAGAGGCGAAUCGUUUCAAGGAUCGUUGGGUGAAGGAAGUUUUUACCGACUUCGUAAAUCUUCUCUGUUUACAAGAGGACAAAGAUGUAACUUUCCUGAAAACGGGUCUUAAAUCUCUUAGGGUUGUUGACCCUGACCCUGAAUCAACAACACAAGAUGACUUCAUGGCUAACAUACGUACAAUAGUUAAGAAAUUGGCAAUGGCACUCGACGUCGUCGUUGGAAAGUUCGAUAUACCACAGCAACUAGAAACCACCAGAAUCGAAUUACGAAAAACUAUGGCUAAUGCAAAACAAUUCAUCGAUCGCCUUAAACAGCAUUUCAAAAGUGUCGAUUUCGGGGUCAUCAAGGUGAUUCUUCCUUUAUAUGAUCGAAGUUAA